CAGAAUUUUUAGGGGUAGCUUUGAAAUUCGAAGGGGAGGGGUGGGGCUUCAAAAUAAAAAACGCAAAAAGUGAUUCGGCAAGCAAACAGAAUCUCAGUUUCCUUGAGUUGCCUACGUCAUGAUUUAUGUUGCUGAUCGUAGAAAAAACACUCCCAAUUCAGAAACUAGUCAAAGCACAUUAUUGUUAAGCGAUUUACUUUUAUUCUAUUACAGUCAGUUGAUCAGUGGCAUGAAUAUAGCCUUGGGCUUGUAUGCCUAUUCAACAAUGUUCAGUUGUUCAACCCGGGAAAAACAAGAAUACACCAAGAGAAGUAACUUCAUUCGACAGUGGGUCUCUGAAGCCCUUCAGAUAGCUUCACUAUUUGACAUUCAUCUAUUUGAGGUAGAGCAGCGUUUCUCUACAGUCUUCCUUAGAGAGGUUUUCGCAAGAUGUACAACUUCCAUUCUUCAAGUGGUGGUUGCUGUCGGGAUUUCAAAUCAUAUGCGGAUAGGAAGUUGAAAACCUUCUUCCCUUUAUUUCAGCACACAAUUUAUUUAUUGCA